GAGCAGCACCAACUCCCCUUGAAGCACCACCGGGCUGGGGGACAAGUCUUCCACUAAGAUACAGUCAAGCUGGUGAGGCCCAUUCUGGAAAACAAAACAGCAAGAAAAUUGCAUCUUUUAAUUCAAAGCCAGAAGGUAUUAGGCAAGCAUGGUGUGGGCUAGCAGAGAAAUCCUGGCCACCUUUCAGCCAGCCAGGUGAUGGACCACCCAGCAGUGUUUUCUCCACACUUAACUUCAUUUUUUAGAAGCCUUUUGUAAAGUGCAUGGAACACAAAAAGAGAGAACAAGCUUGCCUUCUGCAAACACUCACCUGUUAUUGGAAAUCAAGAUCUGAAUUUAGGGUUGGUUUUUGUAACCUUCCUCUGAGGUCACAGCAAUGCUGCCUUAGUAUAGUAUUUAGACUAAGUAUUUCCAAUGUUAAGAUGGAGCUCAUAGUGUGUUGUAAGCUGCCUGGGGGCUCUUAUUGUCUGCAAAACACUUUCACUUCAGUUGUUCGGCUUGACUCUCAGACACACAGCCUCCCUGAGCAUGCUGAGAUCUAACACAUUGCUCAGCCAUUUAUUCAGAAAUGAGACUGGAAUGGAACUUGAUUCUUCCACUGAGGUGCAUCUCCUCAAUUCUAAGUAAACCAUUGAACAACCUUUGACAUAACAGAGGCUGAAGUCCCAUCACAAGUGCACCUUGAUCCAAGCUGUUAAUUUACAACUGUUUGUGAUUAGGAGGAAGUGCGGUGAAAGAAACGUUGAUUAUGGAUUGCUGGAAAGGAGCCAUAUGCAGCAGUUGGAUUUAUCCCACGCUCAUCAUCUGUGUGAAUGGGUUUUUCUCCACAAUGAGACCUUCAGAGUCUUUUCUCACACCUUACCUAACUGGACCAGACAAAAACCUAACAGUUGAGCAGGUUACCAACCAGAUUUUCCCAGUUUGGACAUACUCUUACCUCGCACUCCUUGUCCCCGUCUUCCUGAUCACUGACUACGUGCGCUACAAGCCCAUCCUCCUCCUCCAGGGCAUCAGCUUCAUUGUCACGUGGCUCCUGCUCCUCUUUGCACAUGGGCUGGUGGCCAUGCAGGUGAUGGAAUUCUUCUACGGGAUGGUGACAGCCACCGAGGUUGCCUACUACGCCUACAUCUACAGCGUCGUCAGCACUGAUCACUAUCAGAGAGUGACGAGCUAUUGCAGGAGUAUCACUCUUGUUGCAGCCACCCUUGCUGCUGUGCUGGGGCAGCUCCUGGUUUCCUUAGCAGACGUAUCCUACUUUCACCUCAAUGCCAUUACUCUGGCUUCCGUCUCCCUGGCCUUUGCGUGCUCCUUUCUCCUCCCAAUGCCUCAAAAGAGCAUGUUCUUCCAUAGGAAGGACGUCUCAGAAACCCUCCCACAACCAGGCGAAGUUGUGGCUGGGCUCAGUUCCAACACGUCAUUGAGCUGCCAAGAGGACAAUGACUGUGCAGCUGCUGACACAGGACCAACUCCAGCACAGCAGGCUCAGCAGCCCGAGCCCCAGCACCACGUGCUGAGAGUACUGGUGCAGCUGGGCAAGGACCUGAGGGAUUGCUACAGCUCUAGGAAGCUUCUUUACUGGUCCCUGUGGUGGGCUUUGGCUACGGCAGGCUUUAACCAAGUUGUGAACUACAUCCAAGUGCUGUGGGACUUCCGAGCCCCGUCCCACAGCUCUGCAGUGUACAAUGGAGCUGUUGAAGCAGUGGCAACAUUUUUAGGUUCGGCAACAUCCAUGGCAGUUGGAUAUGUCAAAGUAAACUGGGAUCUUUCUGGAGAACUGGCUUUGGGAAUUUUCUCUGCAAUGGAUGCUGGUUCUCUGUUUCUCAUGUACUUUAUUGACAACAUCUGGGCAUGUUAUGCUGGUUACCUUGCAUUUAAGGCAUGCUACAUGCUCCUUAUAACAAUAGCAACGUUCCAGAUUGCUGUUAAUCUUAGCAUGGAGCGUUAUGCUUUGAUGUUUGGCUUCAACAACUUCAUUGCACUGGUGAUCCAAACAAUUUUAACUAUUGUUGUAGUGGAUCCAAAUGGUCUGGGACUGGGUAUCAGCACCCAGUUUCUCAUUUACAGCAGCUACUUCACAUUCAUAGCUGGAAUUUUCCUGAUCAGAAGCAUAUACACCAUUAUCUCCAUGAAAUGCAGAAAUACCAGCAUGGCUGCUGAGCUCACUGGUCAUUAAGGAAUGUUGAAAAAAGAUGAAAAGAAUGGCUACAAGCAACAUUUCAGAAGAUUGCAACAUCUAAACAAUUAACUAGGAGAAACUCAGUGCUCAACUAAACCUGUGCCUGUCACACAGCAACCAGACUUAUGAGCCUCCAACAUAAAGAGCUUCUUAAACAGGAAGAUGCAUUUUCCUGGUUUCCUUCCCCAGUAAGUUCUAAUACCAAACAGUUCUCAAUCUUCCAUUUCAACUCAAAUUCAAUUAACAAACCUGAUGUAAAAACUUGUAUUUUUGUUUGAUGGACUGUCUCCCUCUACUCUGCCCUCGUGAGGCCCACCUGGUACUGCAUAGAGGCCCGGGGCCCCCAGCACAAGAAAGAUGUGGAGCUGCUAGAACAGGCACAGAGGACAACCAUGAAGAUGACCAGAGGGCUGGAGAACCUGUCCUACAAAGGAAGCUUGGGCUUGGAGAAGAGAAGGCUCCAGGGAGAUCUCAUUGUAGUUCUUCAGCAGUUGAAUGGAGCUUAAAAGCUGGAAAGGGACUGACUUUUUACAUGGUCUGACAGUGAUAGGACAAUGGGGAACAGAUUUCAACUAUUGAGAGAGCAGAGAUUUAGAUUACACAUUAGGAAUAAAUUAUUUACUCAAAAGGCAGUGAGGCACUGUCAGAGAAGAUGUAGAUGCCCCGAUCCCUGGAGGUGCUCAAGGCCAGGCUGGAUGGGGUUCUGGGCAGCCUGAGCUGGUGGAGGACAGCCAGCACACAGUACGGGGUUGGACCUCCAUGAUCUUUAAGGCCCCUUCCAACCUAACCCAUCCUGUGAUUUUAUGAACACAAUAGGAGAAAAUUGCAUACAGAUGCCUGAACCUCUCAGUGGCAGAGCUUAUAGAACAUCACCAGAGAACUUUCACUUUCACUGAAUAUUUUAAUUAAAUGCAGUUUACUCUCAGAUACAAGGCAUUCAAACAUUCCUGAGGAGCCUAAAGAAGCAAUUGUCCUACAGCAGCACACACAUCUGUAAGACAGGUUGCCACAAACUUUUUGGACACUUGCACUUUUUCAACUGGAAGUUCUGAUAUGAAUUUUUAAAGCAAGUUAAUACAAAUAAUAAUUAAACUUCCCUCACUCCACCUCAGCCCACAAAGAUGCUACCACUGUACGUUCAACAACGGAUUAAUACAUUCUCACAAGUGACCAAAUACAUUCACUUCAGAUUCCACACAGACAAUGAAUCCCUUCUAUAUCUGAAGUUGUGUGACAUCAAGAAAAAUGACAUUUUGUUCAGGAAAUGUUCCAGACGCAGUGACAGCAGACUGUGAAUCUGUUGAAGAUGUCUUGUACUCAUACACUGGUUUUCCCUUUUAAAGAUCUGUCUUGAUAAAGAGCUCUUAGCUUAA